UCGGGGGAUAGGCAAAGCUUUAUUAUCGCUGCUGUAAAAAAAUAUAAAAAAUCUCUCCUCACUGUGUGUGUAAGGGUGGGUGUGUGCGUGUGUGCAUGCGUGCGAAAACUUGACGUGCUGGUCCAAAGGUCAGAGGGCAGAGCCGACAAAACGAGUGGACGGGAGGCGGCGCUCCAGCAGUCAUCUUCUCCACCUGCCGAGCUGCACCUCGAUCCACUCCCUCCGAUUACAGGAGCGAGGAGACGUUCAUGGAGAUGAAGAGCAUUUUGAAAUCGGACAGAAAGAACAGCUUGCUCCUCAAGGUGCAGGAUUACAGCACCACCCAGAGCAGCUCCAUCGGGGCCCUGCGCUGGAACCUGCCCGAGGAGGACAUCCAGGUCCACAGCUCGGCUCCUAGCAGGCCCAUCACCAGCGGCAAACUUACCGGACACUCGCAGCACCAGCAGCAGUCUCGCCAGAACAGCCUGAAGGACCUGCGCAGCCUGCAAGAGUGUGUGCAGUUCCUCCAAGACUGGAAGGAGCAAGUGGACCAGGUUUGCAAGUGCAACGGAGCCAAUCCAGAGGCGUCGGACCGCAAGGCCGAGAAGUCCAACUCGCGCACUGAGCGCAGUCUGGAGGAGAGCCGGAAACUCAUCUUGGAGUGGGCCAAUGAACUCAGCCAUGUGGACAAGGUUCUGGAGGGGAAGCCCUGGUCACCUGAGAGUCAAGAACACAAGAAGGACUUUGACUCCAAUGAGUUUGCGCAACUGAGGGUCAUGGAGUGGGCCAAGGAGGUGCAGAAGGUCUCUGAGAGCUGCGGGGUGCAGAGCGACGAGCUGGGCAAAGUGCUGCGUCUGCUGGGCCUCAAGAAGAAGCGACUGGUCAGCCUGCUGCCUCUGCUCGAGUUUAUCACCUGGUCACUCCUCAAGGAAGAGAGCAUGGGGAUGAUCCCACAGUUGUGGUUAGCGGUAAAGCAACGCACGUGGAAAGCGGGGACUUCAAGAUACAUCCCCAACUCAGUUUGGAGUUGGAUCCGCAGUGCGGAAGCUGACGUGACUCUGGACCCAAAGACCAACCACUCGUGGCUGAGCCUGUCCGAGGACCAGCGUCAAGUCCAGGAGGGCCUGUCACAAGCCGAGCUGCCGUACACUUCGCAGCGCUUCGACAGUUGGCCCUGCGUGCUGGCCUGGGAGGGCUACAGCCGAGGCCGCCACUACUGGGAGGUGGACAUCGCCAACAACGGCUACUGGCGCGUGGGGGUCGCCGCCGUCAACUCCAAACGCCACGGCCGCUUCCCCAUGAGCCCCAAGACGGGCUUCUGGUGCCUGUGGCGCGGCACGCAACAGUUCUACGCCUGCACCAAUCCCGAGACGCCGCUGCCUGCCGGCCUUGCGCCGCGGCGGGUGGGGAUCUACUUAGACUACGAGGAGGGUCAGGUGUCCUUCUACAACGCUGAAAGCAAGACCCACAUCUACACCUUCACGGGGAACUUCAAGGUGAAGGUGUACCCGCUGUUCGCGCCGCUAGACGGCCGCACGCUCAUGACCAUCAUUCCGCCGCAAACCGUCUGAACCGGGGGUUCGACAGUUUUGGGAGUCCAGGGGAUUGCAGUCCGAACACAUGCCCCUAAAUGCCACAGGAAUAGGAAACGUUGCGUAUUUUGAGGGGGGAAAGUUAUAAUGUUACGAUAACAAUUAAAAAAAAGAAUAAAAAUAAAUAAAUCUUUACGAGAACAAAGACGUAUUUUGUUGGGAAAAAAAGUUAUGAAGGUAAAGUCUUGAACUUUACAGCAACAAAGACAAAUUUUGUCGAGAUAAAAAAAUGGAAGUAAGUCGACUUUUGUUUGGAUAAAAAGUCGAAUAAAGUUGAAUUUUGUCCGGUAAAAUGUUUUAGUAAAUUUGAAUUUUGUUGGGACUUGGUAAAAUACACCUUUUUGUUGACAAAAACUAGUACUUAUUCCUUUAAUGACACUCAAUUUGUAGCGAGGAAUAAUUGCUUGACUGUGUUUGUUUUAUUAGCGUUACGGUCCCCAUAAGUUGGUAUGCACUUUUACAAACAGAAUAGCACACGAUAUUUUAAUCGCAAAAUUAUUUUGCAAAACGCCCACUAUUGGACUUUGUCAAAUAAGCGAAAGCAUGAUCAGCUCUUUCUCAGUCUGUGCAUCCACAACCGCAGGAAAGUUGCGAUGUCGUCAGUAAAUGUGUCCGAUCACUGCAUUCUAUACUGUAUACAUUUAUAUAUAUAUAUGAAACAAUCUUUCACCUGCAAAUGAUUUGCAUCCCAAGCGUCGACAUACAUGCAUGCACUUUAGAAUGGAAAAAUAAUUGACAGUGUGGGUUUUUUGUCUCCUUUUCCCAUUAUUUUCUGAAAGAAAAAUGAUGAUUAUUUGCCCAUUCGUCACGAGAGUGCAAUAUCUGUAAAUGUAUUUAUGUAUUUACCUUGUGUGUGUGCUCAGUUGUCAUUUUGCUGUUUUGUUGACAAAAGGAUUGUUGUUUGAAUAACAAUAAAGUCACAUGCGUGAGA